UCAGAGCAAUGGAAGGGUCUUAUUUGGUCAUUCAUGUGUGGGUAAAUCUCACAGGUUUUGUGACUGUCUUCUCCGUAGCUCUGGAGCAGCCUCAGUCGUUGGCGUGUAAGCUGGAGCUGGCGUCAGAUCAGGAGAUUCCCGCCGACUGGCUCCCGUUUGUCAGGGUUGAGUGUGAGGUGGCAGAUGCGGUGGCGUCCCACACGCGCGUGAAAUCUGUGGGCAUCGAAAGUGACGUUCAGCCGCAGAAACACCUGAGCAGCAGGGCACACUACCACUGCCAGGUGGAGAUUGAGAAGAAGCUGAUUGAGGCUGAGUCGGUGAAGCAGUCGAGCUGCGCGGCACAGUGAUGAUGGAGGACGCGGAUCACUGUGUUCAUGUCGCUCACUACAAUGAAAUCACAGAUUCCUUUUUAUUAUUGUCAUUAUUUUUCUACCAUCAUUUCUCAUGUAGAAUUCACACUCCAAUAUGCCACACAUCUUGUACCAUUAAGUAAACAAAUGUUUAUUAACCGUGAGAAUAAUGCAACUAUAUAUAAAUGUAUUUUUCCAGAGUAUUUUAAUAUCUUUAAUGGUCUUAUCCAAUGAGUUAUAAUAUUGCUGCACUU